GGCGCGGUGGCGGGCGCGCGCGCGGUGCCGGCGGCGCAUGCACGCCACCGGCCAUACAGACCGCUCGGGCGGCGGCGGAGGUGGCUCCUGGCGCCUCCCGCCCGACGAGACUCUACAAGUCGCCGACCCCAAGUCUGCCAAAGAAGAGGACCUCUACCCCGGAGAUGGACACAAUUGGAGAAGCAUCAUAUUUUCGUUGAUGGUCAUAAGUUUUGUGAUCGCCGGAAUAGUCACAGCUAUCUACCUAUUAGGAUAUGUGGACGAACUACUAUAUUGGUCGGGUCGUCGUAUGCGAUUGGACGAGUUUCUUCGCGGUGACCUGGCGGGCGAGCGGCUGCCCACCACGUGGGUGAGCGCACACCAGUUGGUCUACCAGGCGGAUGACGGCGGACUGCUGGCCCUGAACACUUUCAACAAUUCCCUCACCGUACUCGUUACAAAUCAUACCCUUAGACAACUAAACGUUCGCGGAUAUCAGUGUUCGCCUAAUCUUCGGUAUGUCCUUUUUCAACACAACAUCAAAGAGGUGUAUCGAAGAACUUUUACUGCGCACUACACGGUAUACGAUGUCACGAACGAUCACCACAUACCACUCUUCGGUGAGGGACAAGGUAGUUGGGAGUGGCAGCAUGCAGCUUGGCUUGGUACGGAGGGUGCUCUCCUUCUGGCAGCAGACAAUGAAGUCCUGGCUCGACCAGCACCUCCAGCAAAAAGAGCACCUUUACUUCGUCUCACUAAGGAUGCAAGACCUGGCAGCGUGUAUAAUGGAGUGUCAGAUUGGUUGUAUCAAGAGGAGGUGACAAAGACGGCAACAGCGACUUGGGGCUCAGCGGAUGGUGCGUUCGUGAUGUACGUCCGAUAUGAUGACAGUCUGGUAUCUGAAUUACGGCUGCCUCGCAUGUCCGAGGGUAUCGGAGGAGCCGUGGCGGCCAGGUCAGGCUAUCUGCUGCCGGCAUUCAACAACACCGUGCCUAAUAUCUUCCCAGACCACAUCAGUAUUAGAUAUCCUACGCCUGGCAGUUCAAUACCCAAAGCCAUACUAUGGAUAGGCGAGGUUCAAAACGUAACGUCACCUCCGCGAUGGGAAGUAAAACCUCCUAGUACCUUAGAUGGAAUGGAAUACUAUCUCAUAUCAGCCCAGUGGGUGGGCAAAGAAAACUCGCAUGUAGGUGUAGUGUGGAUGAACCGGGCGCAAAAUCUCACAGUUUAUAGCAGUUGUUACGCACCCAAUUGGACAUGCACUGAGACACAUUCCGAGAAAGCAACAGAUGAGCCAUGGUUAGAAGUUCAUCAAAAGCCAGUGUACUCUGAAGACGGUAGUGCCUUCCUUCUGCUAGCCGCAGUGCAAGAAGGUGGUGGACAGUACUACACGCAUAUCAAACAUGUCGACGUGUUACGACAACGUAUCGCAGUACUUUCCCAUGGAAAAGUGGAAGUGGCUGAAAUCCUGGCAUGGGACCAGGAAAACAAUUUAGUUUAUUAUUUAGGUUUAGACAGAGAAAAAUUGUACAUACCUAACCUGCGUCCUGAUAUGGUCAAGGAAGCAAAUCAAAGUAGUGCUGACAGACCUGGUCAAAGACACGUGUAUGUGGUAAGGGACCCAAGUUAUGGUGGUGGAAGUAACUCAGUGAGGGCCAGAGCUGAGAGAGAAGAACCUCGUUGCCUUACAUGUGAGCUAGCUGUGUGGCCUGCACGGCUUCACUAUGCCAACUGCACUUUUUGGAGUGCGACAUUCACCCCUCCAAAACCAAAAGUGGGCAUUACUCAUUAUGUCCUGGAGUGUGGUGGCCCUGGACCUCCAUUAGCAGGACUACAUGACGCUAGAACACAUAAGUUAGAAAGAAUAUUAUAUGACACGAGGCCUUAUAGAUCAGUACGUUUACGUGAACUAGCGCUGCCUUCGCGGCGUUCGUUCGACGUAAAAUUAAGCAGCGGCUCCAAAGCGCGCGUUCAGCUGUUUCUACCACCCUCAUGGAGAGAGGAGUUAAGGGAUGCUGCUUUUCCCGUUCUUGUUCAAGUUGAUGGCAGACCUGGUAGCCAGCAGGUGACUGAUAAAUUCGCAGUGGACUGGGGUACGUACAUGUCGUCACGUAACGACGUCGUGUACGUGAAGUUGGACGUUGCGGGCGCCAGAGGUCUCCCCAGGGCCUUAUUAAGAGGCCGAUUGGGAGGAGUAGAAGUCGCUGAUCAGCUGGCUGUUAUUAGAUAUCUUCUAGAAACAUUUAAGUUCCUAGACGUAACGCGAGUAGCAGUUUGGGGCUGGGGCUACGGCGGAUACGUGACCGCCAUGUUGCUUGGCUCACAGCAAGACACGCUCAAGUGCGGCAUCGCUGUCUCGCCUAUUACCGACUGGCUCUAUUAUAACUCGGCAUUCACGGAGCGAGUGCUCGGCCAGCCUUCAGUGAACUACAAAGGCUACGUGGAGGCAGACGCGUCCCAACGCGCGCAUCACGUGCCCCCGCACGCCUUGUACCUCGUGCACGGCCUGGCCGACAUGAGCGCGCCCUAUCCGCACGCGCUGCAGCUCGCGCGCGCUCUCACCGACGCCGGUGUGCUGUUCCGUUAUCAGGUAUACGCAGACGAAGGUCACGACCUCAAAGGCGUCAUAGAGCACGUGUAUCGGUCGAUGGAAGACUAUCUUCGCGAGUGCCUCUCUCUGGACCCGGAAGACACCAAGCUGCCUCCUCCCGAUAGAUAAAGACUGCCAGGUAAAAACGGUAAUACAGUUGAGCUGAGUUUAUAUUACGAAUUUAGUCAUAUAUUUAGUAAUUGCUUUACAAU